GAGUGUCCGAAGAUGAAAGAUUGGAGUUCUUCCAAGACUUGACAGUUUGGAAGGAGAGGCAUCAGAUUUUGGGUGAUGCGGCUGGGUUCCUAGCUGCUACUUGUUCGGAAGAGAUCAGUUCUGAAGUCAAGAGGAAAUACAUUGAGAUCACCGAAAGAUGGGAACGCGUUUGGGAAGAGGCGGAACGCUACGUCCGUGGGGGCGAUGCACUUCGCCAUCGUCGCGAGCUCGCUAACGGCAUCCAGGCCCUGGACUCGUGGCUAACAGCUGCAGACAACCUUCUGAGCCGACAGCCCUGCGCCAACACUGCUGAUAUCCAAAACUACAUUGAGCAAUUGCUGCAGCUCAACUCCGAGGUUGAACACAAUGAGGAACUCUUUAAGAGUAUAAGCAGAACUUUCCAAAAUGCAAUCGCUGAGCUUCCCCGUGAUGAGGUAGAAGCGAAUAUGGCGAAACUGAAACAACAGAAAGAAGCAUUGGUCCGCGUGAGAGCGACUGUACCCGUGAAGCUUCAUCAAUUCAGACAACUCUUGGUGCAGCAUGAGUCCUUGGAGAGCGGCCAAAAGGAGAUCGGCCAAUGGUUGGAUCGGGCCGAGGAGACUCUGCAGUCCAGUUUCGAGACCAGGCGGGAAGUCAUCGAGGAACGCUAUGAGAUGCACCGCACGUUCUUUUCGCGCACGACGUACUACCGCUCGAUGCUUGAGAGCAAGAACAAAGUCUUCCAGAACAUCGUGAAGGCGGCUGACACCGACCGCAGCGCUGACGUCACAGAACAAGUCCGGCUGAUGAAGAAUCUUAAUGAAAGAUUCGCUCAUGUUUCGGCCGAAGCCACCCGUCGCGAAGCGAACCUUCAGCGCUUAGCGCGUGCUUGGGAAGACUUUGAAACCAAGAAACGAGUGGUUGAGGAAUGGGCCUCCAGGGCCGAAACGUUAUUAGCCGAUAACAGAGUAGACUCGAAGCAGGCCGUGGACUUCCACAAGCGAUUCUUCCAGGGCGCUGAUGAGAGAUCUGUCUCGGAAUUAGUUCGAUCUGGACGGGAACUUCUAGAGCUGGUGAGCGAAGAAGACCGUCCUCGCAUCGUGCAAUCAGUGGAGGAGCUGCAGCGGCGCUGGCGCGAACUGCUGGCCCGUGCGCCGCCGCACCUCAUGCGACUGGAGUUCAGACUUGACCAAGCUGUUUUUCACCAUUGCAUCAAGGACAUCGAGAAGGAGAUCGUUUAUGAAGAACAGGCCUAUAACCAAAGCGAUGACGCUGAUGGCAUUCUCAUCAGAAACGAGGAAUAUUUCCGCAACCAAGGCAAAAUAAUGCAAGUGGAACACUGUUUGCAAAAUCUACAUAAAAUCGCCACUAGCUACACACAUCAAACUGGGGACACAUCCCUUGAAGAUGAGUUAAGAAAAUGCGAGCAAGAAUGGGAGAGCACAGUACAUAGAGUGGAAGACUUUAGGCAGCAAUUGCAAAGGAUUCCAGCUAAAUGGGACGCUUACAAAGAAAAAUUCCGAGAAAUGGAAAGAUGGAUGGACCAUGUGGACAAAACAAUGGACAGUAUUGUCAGAGAAGUCGACUCUGCUGAGGCUUUUGAACGAGAGAAGACUAUUUUCCAGAACAUCUGUCGCGAAGCUGACAGGAAAAGAGAAGACAUGAAAUGGCUCGUCCAAACCCUGGACAUGCUCACAAACCAUUGCUCAGAAGUGGAAGCUCAAGAAGAACAACUCAGACUUGAAAACCUCAUUUCACGAUAUAAGAAUCUCAUACCAACUAUUGAAAUCACUAUGAUAAAGACAGAAACAUACACAAGAUGCUAUACUUACAGGCGUGAAGUCCAUGAGGUAAUUUGCAUAUUAGAAAGCGCCAAGGAACAGGCCAUGAUAGAACCACAGCCACAAUCCUUGCAACAUGUUGAGCAACUCGUCCUGGAACAACAAGCUGCAGUGCAUAAACUCGACCGCCAUCGACCGUCUGUAAUGUCCAUACUCCAAAAAGGCAAAGACCUCAUCACGGACGCCAAUGCCCCACCCUUCGUUAGAAAUGAUGUAAGGAAAUUGGAGACUGUCUGGAACUCAGCUUACGAAACUUCCACUGAUCGUCUUCAUAAAUUACGUGACACACAGAAAGUAUGGUCUAAUUACGAAUAUCAAAAGGAAGAGCUGCUUUCAGAUCUUGAAAAAAUUGAGAACUAUGUUGCUCAUCCAGGUUUGGAACUCGGUGUUACAAACAUUGGCCGUGAACUACAAGAAACUAAGAUCAUCAACGCUGACUUAGAAAAGGCCAGGGGAGAAAGACUGCCUCAACUACAACAUGCUUAUGCUGAGUUGCAGACCCUCACUGGUAAUAAACCUAAACCGAUAAUUGAAAAGGACCUAGAAACAAUUCAGCAUAAGAUAGGCAGAGUUCAAGAUGAAGUGCAAACUAAAGUUGGGCAUUUAGAGAAGUUCAACGAAGAAUGGGUAAAGAUUGAACACAAGUUGGAGCAUGUACGAGAAUGGAUUAAAAAAGAAAGUCCUGUACUUGUUGGUCAGAUUCGAGCAGAUACCAUUACUCCUGAAGAGCGCGUGGAAAAGUCGCAAGCUCUGCAAAAGAUUAUCUCAGAGAAACUUGGUAUUAUCAGAGGAGUAGCCGAUCAAGGAGCUAAAUUGGCAGUAGAACACCGUAUCCAGGAUGCUAAUAGACUCAAAGGUGAAGUUCAUCUCCUAGAAAAGAUGAUGGCUGACCUCCAGCGUUCGACAGAGCAUCAAACUAAAGUCGUGGAACAUGAUUUGGCUAGCUGGCAAAAAUACCAGAAAGGAGUUUCUGAAAUUAAGCCUUGGAUUGAAGAAGCUGAGAUGAAAUUAGGAAAUGUGCCUAAACCCAGCACGUUGCCCGAAGCACAACAACUGCAGCAUCAAUCCAGAGGUCUGCUCACUGACUGCGACAAACAACUGAUGAACCUUCAAAUCUUAUCUAGCGUUAGCCAUCAGUUAUCUGGCAAGACAAGUGCACCUGAUGAAGUUGACGCUAUACAUUCAAGGUGGGCCGUAGUGCACGAUUUGGCUGAUCAGUGGAAUAACAAAUUAGAUAAACUUGUUGCUAACUGGGAAAACUUCGAGCGAGAAGCAGAAAAACUUGAGACGUGGAUCGAAAACGGAGACAAACUAUUAAGUGCUCGCAAUAUUACUAUCGAAUCUCCUCAGAUAGAGAAACUUGAUCGUGAACUAAAUAAACUCAAGUCAUUUGGAAAUGAAAUCUCGCAACAACAAGCUAAAAUAAUUAGUUUGUCCCAGACUUGUGACAAUAUUUGCCACAAUAUUCAACCUGAAGGAGCAAAUCUUUUGAAAAACAAAGUUUCUGAUAUCAAACAACACACAAAUGCUCUUGCAGAAACUGUUAGAGCUAAAGUGAAUGAACUUUCGGACAAAAUCAUUGUCAGACAGGAAUUUAUGACAAAAGUGCACCACUUCGACAAUUGGAUAACAGAUUUUAGAAGAAAAACUGAAAGUUACGAUCAAAUCAGCGCCGAUAAAGUCGAGCCAGCGUUACAGUCUAUGCACGUGCUUUUACAAGAACACGCUGCCAAGGAACCUGAGUUCACUGAUAUUUACAAUGAAAUAAAAAAUAUGACUUUGUCUUCACAUCCUGAUGAAUCACGUGCUUUGAGCGAAACUUAUUCCAACAUAGCUCAGCACUACCAGAUCAUCGAAAACAACAUACAACAAAAUAAAGGUGUACUGCAAAAGUGGUCUGAACUCCUGAACUGGUAUGAAGAUACUAAGCAGCAACUCAGUCACAUUCAAUAUCAAAUUGAUGGCCCAAAAUUGACUCCUGAAAGCUAUGAAUCGCUUCGUCAAGAACUUGUAAAUGUUAUUACUAAGGUUCCAGAGUGGAAGAGUAAUGUAGCUUUAUUAGAUGGGCCAUCAAGGGUGAAGGUCACCGAUCAGAACACAGGAAGGAUUAUGUCUCCUACAACUUUAGUGAGAGAAAUUGAAAUGAAGACAGAAGCUUUAUUGAAUCAAAUAACGACUAAAAGAGAUUUGGUGCAGAAAGUUGGAGCUAGAUGGGAUAAGUUCAAUAUUCAACAUAAUGCUCUGGCACAAGUUUUGCAAAACAUCCAAUCUGUCUUGAACGAAAUGUCGCAAAAACCUGUGCCCUUAACAGAAGCUACAAUACAGGACAUGACUGAUCAAUUAGAUAAACUAGACAGCGAGAUGAAAGAGAAACAAUCUAUUAGGAAAGAACUAAGAGAAGAAGGUCUUCAUCUGAUGAGGGAAGACCAACCUAAUAUGGGAACUAUUCAGAAUGCUCUAUCGGCUGCUGAUAGUAGUUGGGACCAAAUUGUAAAUUCUGUUCGAGACACAAAGAACAAAUAUAUUCUGUUAUCAUCUACGUUGCAAGAAUUGAAAAACUUCACAGUUGCGUUUGAUAGAGAAAUGGGCAGAGCCGAACAACUUCACAAUGAUUGUAAAGUUGCGCCAAAUGAUUACGUCCAAACAGUUCAAUCUUUGGACAAAGCCCAAAAGAAUCUUGAUGUAUUAACUGCAAAUUACGAAGAGAUUAAGAACAGACUAAAAGAAAACAUCGAUGCUUGGCAGGAAUAUGAAAGUCUGUUGGAAAAUGUAUCCGAGUGGUUAAAAGACAAAGAAAAUAAGGUAAGGUUGGAGGCUUCCAAUCUUCUAAACCUGAACGAAGUUGAUGACAAAAUUGCUGAAAUAACAGAAUUAAAUAUAGACGUCAAAAAUUACGGAGGAGAAAUAAAUAAGCUAUCAGCUAUCGGAGAGAACAUAUUAGCACGUAAUCCUGAUUCACGUGUAAUGCAAUACAUUAAUCAUUUGAUGACAAGAUACCAAAAUGUCGUCAAAUUCACGGAAGCUCAUCUUAAUAGACUUAAAGAUCUCAAAGGUAAUAAAGGACAAUAUAAUAAAUCAAUUUCAGAGUUCAAGAAUUGGCUUCAAGAUGCUAAUGGAAAAAUUACAGACUUGGCAGCAAUGAGCAAGCAUGCUAAACCAACAACUGCCGACUUACAGCAAGUCAAAAAAUUAAACGACAACAAAGAACUCGGCCAAAAACUACUCAACAAUGCCGUUGAAUCAGGCGAAGCUUUGUUUAGUGGAAUUACACCAGAAGGUCGUGAACAAAUCAGAAACGAGUUAAGAUCUUUGAGAGAUUAUUUUGAAAAUUCAGUUGACUCUCUCAAUAAUGUCAUCAAAGACAUUGAAACUACAAUCAACAAAAGGUCCUCGUUUGAUGAUACUUUCAACCAAGUACAGAAAUGGAUUGCUGAUAAAGAAAGUGAAUUAGGAGAUUUUAAACUAUGUCCUACGCUUCCGGAGAAGAAGGCUCAACUCCACGGUAACAAAAUAUUGCACCAAGAGGUUGAACUGCACCAGUCUAUGCUUUCUCAACUAACUGACAAGAUUAAACUGAUGCCUGAUGAGGAAGCCGAGAAAAGCCUUUCCAAAACUAUUGAUAGAUAUCAUACAUUGAACAACUUGGUCAACGAAAUAAUUUCCAAAUAUGAGGUCUUUGUGGCGGAACACCAACAAUUUGAAAAUGACUACAACGACAUGGAAAAUUGGCUUAUGGGUAUGCUUGGCGAACUGCAAGACUUAAAUGAAAUUGUGGGUGACUAUGCUGUUUUACAAGACAAACAAAAUAAAGCAAAGGAGCUUUAUGAAACUAGGAACAAGAAAACACCAGCAUUUGAGGAGUUUUUGAGCUUAGGAGAGAAACUAUAUACACACACAAGCCCUGAUGGUAGAGAAGUUAUUAGACAAAAAAUUCGUAAAAUAAGAACAUUGUGGGAUAGUUUUGGUGAUAGCUUCCAAGAGACUGUCAACAAACUUGACCAGUGCCUAUUGCAAUUCUCUGAUUUCUCUCUGGCUCAAGAACAAUUAACUAAAUGGUUGAAGGAUGUUGAGAGAGCCAUGCAAAGACAUACUGAGCUCAAAGCAUCGCUGGAAGAGAAAAAAGCACAGCUGCAAAACCACAAGAUAAUGCAUCAGGAAAUAAUGAGUCAUCAAACAUUAGUGGAGUCCGUUUGUGAUAAAGCUCAACAAUUAGUUGAUCAGACACAUGAUGCGUCUUUGAACGUCUAUCUUCAAUCAAUUAAACAAUUAUUUCAAAAUAUUGUUACUAAAUCUCAAAAUCUUUCUGAUAAUCUAGAAGACUGUGUGAAGAGACAUGAAGAUUUAGUACGCCUUAUUCAACAUUACAAAGAAUGGCUUGGAUCACAAUCUGAAAAACUUCUUGAUAUUGAGAACGCUACUGGCGAAAAGCCUGAAAUUAUGCGAAAACUUCAGUCAGCUGUUACAAUGAAAGAUAUUGAGAAAAUUGGAUCUUCAAAACUAGAUGAAAUUCGUGGUGUAUUUUCUUCAGUUAGCAAAAGCACUUCAGAAGCCGGUAACACUGCUAUCAAGGCUGAAAUUGACAACUUGCAAGAACAGUUACGUAAUGCAGUAGAAUGUGUCGGUUCUUCAGAACAAAAACUCAAGCAUACUUUAGAAAUUUGGAACAAAUUCGAUAUUUCUAUCGAGGCUAUUACAGAAUGGCUUAAAGGCAUGGAAUCUAAGUGUCGAGAUCAAAGCCUUUGCUCUACAUUACAAGAGAAAGAAGCACAGCUACAAAAGUAUGUUAGUCUUCGAAACGAAAUUAAUGGUAAAGAAAAAGAAAUUGAUGCCUUUGUUGAUGAAUCGCACAGCCUUAUUCAGUUAAGUGGAGUAGAGCGUCUAAAGCCCCUAGUUACACAAGUAAGCAGUCGCUAUCAACAGCUCCAUUUAAUUUCAAAGGAAAUCGUGAACCACUGGUCUGAACUUGUUGCGGACCACAAGAAGUAUGUCCAAUUGCGUAAUGAAUUUGAUGCUUGGCUCAAACCUUUGGAAGAACAAUUAUCUCAAAUGGUAACAAAGGAAGACAAACUAAGCAUCGAAAGCAAAGGCAGCAAACUUCAAGUAUUCUUUUUGGAAAGAGACAAUGGCGAGCAUAAAAUUAGCAUAUUAACGACGUCAAGUGAUAAAGUUUUGCCUGAAACGGCUGCUAACGGCAGAGAGAAUAUUCGCACUGAAAUAAGAGAGUUACGUGAAAGAUGGGAUAAACUUAACGAUACUAUACUUCAGCAACAGAAAGAGUAUGAGUCUCAGACUCUUCAAUGGUCAAGUUACCAAGACGUGUUACAACAGACAUUGUCUUGGCUUGAUGAGAAAGAAAAAAUCAUAGAAUCUGAAGAAAAGGCAGUUCUAAAUUCUGCCCAAGAAAUCAAAUCAAAGCUGCUGAAAAACAAAACCCUCUUGCAAGAGAUCUAUUCGCAUAAAAGAGUGAUUGAAACAGUCACUGAGAAGGCUAAAAAUGUAGCAGCUACACUUCACUCCGGUAAAGGAGAAAGUGACGAGAUGACGGCAAUCAUACAAUCCAUAUGGGAUAGAUACAAUGCUUUGACAAGCAGACUUUCUGGCAUUAUUGACAAACAUGAAAAGAAUUUUGAUAUCUUCCAGCAAUUUGCUGACCAACAGAAAUCUUUACAAGACUAUCAGAAACAUUUAUGGGAUCGUCUUCACAUGUUAUCUGAUUAUAGCGGCAACAAAUCCGCUUUGCAAGGAAAAUUAGCUAAGAUUCAGGAGUUGUUGGACGCUAUUCCGAAUGGCAACAAUAAGUUGAAAAUAUUGUCAGAUCUAAUUGAGACUAAUGCUGCAAAAUUAUCUCCCAGGGGCAAGGAAGGUAUGUCCAGAGAACUGGGUUUGCUCAGGGCAGACUUAGAAAAGUUUACUGCCACAGUUCAUGACGUUAAGAGGGGUAUUGAAGACAAAAUACAACAAUGGAUAGAAUUCGACAGUGCCAAUGAUCGUCUGCAACAUUGGUUAAGUGAUACCGAGAUGACUUUGAAAACUUACACGCCUAAAGCAACAUUAGAAGAAAAAAUUGACCAGUUAAACAAAUAUCAGGCAAUUUUGGCUAACUUGAAGAAGACAGAGAAUGAUGUCGACAAAUUGACUGAUGAGUUCAGUGAUCUCGUCGAAAACUGCAAUGACACAAGAAUCACAAUGAAUUUGCAACAAAUGACAUCACGGUUCCAAUCUGUUCAAUCUACAGCUAAGGAACUAGUCAAGAAAUGUGAGCAAGCUGUCAACGAUCACAAUGCUUAUCAAGACAAAUACAAUCAGUGCACUGAUUGGAUUAAGGCAGCUCAGCAUAAGUUCGAUGAAUGUCAGAAGAAUCUGUCCAGUACUCCUGAAGGAAUUGCUGCUAAACGUGAAAGCCUUAACGAAUUAUUGAGUCAACGCAGAAAUGCUACCCUUCUCGUUAAUAACACUUUUGAAUUAGGAGAAAAGUUAUACCCUUCUACGUCACAUGAAGGCAAGGAACUUAUUGAACAACAGUUGCACGAAAUCCAACAGGCUUUGGACAACUUAUAUGACAACAUCACUAAAGCCGAAAGAGAGUUGGAUUUAGAACUAAACAAGUGGUCAUCGUUUGACGACAAUCUUAAGAGUGUACAACAAUGGCUGACCACCGCCGAAAAGAAUCUUCCUAAAGAAAUAGAAUUGAGGGCUACUUUGGAUGAGAAGCGAAAUCAACUUAAUGUUUACAGGACCUACCUUCAAGAUGCCAUUGCACACCAGCAGGAUAUUUCUAUAUUAGCUGAACGUGCUAAGAGCUUACCUGAUGUUACGAAAGGUAUUUCAAAAGAGAUAGAAUCGUUAAAACAGAGGCAUGAAACUAUACUUACAAGAGCCAAGGCGUUCGUAGAACAAUACGAAGCAAUCGUCAAUAAUCAUCAGCAAUACACUAAAGCUGUUAUGGAUUUGCAAGAAUGGGUAGAAGCUACACAGAAUACUGCUCAGCUUUGGGGUGAUGUUAAUUUGGAGAGAGUUGCUUUGAGCAGUAACUGCGAAAAAUUGAAAUCCCUACAAAUGAGUUUGCCUGAGGAAAAGAACCGCAUUGAUAAAAUUCGUUCCUUAGGAGAGAAAGUAUUGCCUGGAACUAUCAACAGUGGACAAGGUAAUAUACGAAACCAAAUAGAUGCUUCUCAUCAAGAAUGGGAAGGAUUAGUUUCUUUUAUUAACAAGACUAUUGAAACGCUUGAAAAUAAGAUACAACAAUGGAACGAAUAUGAGAACAUUAAAGAUCAAUGCUUGACGUGGAUAAGAAACACGGAUACAGCUAUUCACGCUGUAGAUCUUAAGGCUACGUUGCCAGAGAAGCAAGAACAAUUUAAAAAGUUCCAGGAAUUACAAGGUGAAGUGCGCGCCAAGGAACUCGAGAUCGACAAUAUUACUGAAAAAGCACAAAAUCUGUACACGGGAGUAUUAGGACCUCGUGGCUCUCAAAUAUCAGACUUGGCUGUGAAAUACCAGACUCUUUCACAGAAAGUAAAAGAUCUUACCAAUAGAUGGCAGCAGUACGUUAAGACCCACCAAGAGUUUGCUAGCAAUGUAACUGAAUGUUCCCAAUGGAUUGAAGAACUGAGAGACAAGUUAGAUUAUUGCGCUGACUUGAGUUCAUGCUCUCAAGAUGACUUAGAGACUAAGCUUGUGUUGAUACAGAACCUUUUACUUGCUAAAGACGAAGGGUUCACUAAAGUACAGUCUUUAGUUGAAUUGGCUCAGAAUGUAAUGGCUAACACUGCACCCGAUGGCCAUGAGGCUAUUAAUAAUGCGUUAGUUGCCUUACAAGAACAGUGGUCAGCGUUAUUAUCUAGGAUGAUUGAGACCAAAAACAUGCUUGAUGAUUCUGUUACUAAAUGGGCUGGUUUCUUAGAGCAAAUACAACUAAUUGACAAAAGCAACGUCUAUUUGGAAAAUAUGCUAGCUGCGUUAAUGCCGUAUGAGACAUCAAUGUCAGAUAAGAGAGCACAGCUCGAAAAACUUAAAGAGGUCGAGGAGAAAGCACGUUGUGAUCGAAUUGAUGUUGAUACUCUAAAAGCAAAAGCAGCUGAAAUGAUUGCUAGUGGUCAACAAAACCAGGCAGCUUCGAAAGCGCAGGAAACUCUGAAUAAGUUUGACUCUUUGUACGAUAAAAUUAAGAAAUUGUUGGCAGAUCGUGAAGAGCAAUAUAAGGAUCACAGACUAUAUAAAGAGGCUCACGAUGAACUUAUACAAUGGUUGGGACGAGCAAGAGAAAAAGUCCCGUCUUUGAAAUCUAAACCGCUGAGUGACAAAUUGGCUAUUGAGAAUUCUGUUGCUCCUCUUGAAGCUUUGAUCAAUAAACAAGCCCAAGGAGAAUUGCUGCUAGAACACUUGCAACACACGGGUGAAGUUGUGUUAGCAAGCACAUCUCCAGAUGGUCAGGCGAUCAUCAAAAACGAGAUGAAGGCUUUGAAAGAAAGUUUUGACGCCUUAUUCAAUGAAAUCAAACAGCAGAAAAGCCAAUUGGAGGAUACUGUUAAUCAAUGGAGAGAUUUCAAAGACGAAUAUGAAAGGCUUUCUGAUUGGCUACAACAAAAGGAAAUCCUUAUCAAGAACCAUAAAUUAGCUUUACUCGGAUCUGCCAAAGAGAAAGGCGCACAAGUAAAUGAAGUAAAAGAAAUUGUAAGUCAGCUCAACAAAGGCAAAGAUGAUAUUGACAACUUCAAUGCUUCGGCUGCUGGCCUAUUAUCCUCACACCUGGACACUUACGUAAACAAUCAACUGAGACACCUUAACUCGAGAUACCAGGUCCUUGUCAAUAUGGCAAAUGACGUACUCAAGAAGGUAGAGACUAAUUACGAACAACAUCAGAAUUACGACGACAACUACGCCAAGACCAAAACAUGGAUAGAUGAUGCCUGGGAGAUCACACGAAGUGGAAGUGAUGCUGGUAGUAACAGCAGUAAGGAAGCUUUACAAAAGCGAUUAGAGCAAAUUGAAGAUCUCUUGAAACGAAGAGAGGAAGGGCAGAACUUAGUACACGCAACAGUUAAUAGUGGAGAAAAAGUCUUGAGGAAUACGAGAUCCGAUGGAAAAGAUAAAAUUAACACUGAACUAAAAGAACUUCAGAAUGAAUGGGAUCGUCUCGUUAAGAAGAUGAGCACGGCCAAAGUUCACCUCGAGACAGCAUUACUGCAAUGGGCCGACUAUAGUUCUAGCUACUCGCAACUACAACAAUGGAUCUCCGACAGAGAAGCAAAACUGCAAGAAGUGUGUGAGCAAAAAGUCGCCAAGACAAAGAAGGCCCAAGAUCGCCUAGCAGGUCUUACAACAGGCCUUAGUUUGGGAGAAAGAAAAGCGACACUUCGUCAAACAAACAAUAUUGUCCAAGAUAUCGUUUCGUUUGAACCCAUGAUUCAGUCUGUAACUUCUAAGGCUUCAGAAUUAAUGCAACAAGCUCCAGCAUCUGAGAUUACUAGCAAAUACGAAACAUUAUCAAAGCAAGCUAAAGACCUGUAUGAUAAACAGAAACAGACCGUAGAGCAACAUCAAGUGUUUAUUGAUGCCGGUACAGACUUCGUCCAAUGGAUUAGAGCUGCUAAAGAAAGAUUAGGCAAAUGUUCUGAUGCGACUGGAGACAAGGAAUCUCUGAGCAGCAAGAUUUCGCAACUCAAGGUAUUAGAAAGUGAACUACCCGAAGGACAUGCCAAGUUGCAGAAAGCGUUGGAGCAAGGUGAAAUAUCCUGUGGCUUAGCAGAUGAAGAAGACAGGGAAGAUAUUGAAGAAGAAGUAGCUCUGAUGCAGGAGGAAUAUGACACAUAUGUUGAGCAGCUGAACAAGACCAAAGCUAUGAUUGAGGGAGGUAUCGUGAAGUGGACCGAAUACGAAGAACAAUACAAAGAAGCCUUGGAUUGGCUGUCGAAGACUGAGAAAUUAGUACAAUCAUUUAACAAGUUACAGAACAAUUUGGAACAGAAGAAAAUUGUUCUUGAAGAAUUCCAGGGACAUUUACAAAUGUUGUUUGAUUGGCAAGUAGACCUAGACAAAUUAAAUGUUCGAGCACAAACUUUGCUGGAAACUUGUGCUGAUACUAGGAUAUCUAAUGGAAUCACACAAAUAACAACAAAGUACAAUGCGCUGUUAUCUUUGGCUAAGGAAGUAAUGAAACGGCUUGAACUCCACUACCAGGAACAUCAACAACAUAAUGCGCUUUAUGGAGAAUGUCAAGACUGGCUCGAUAGAACCAGAGAAAAACUAAACCAGUGUGCUGACAUACCUAAUACCUUACAGGAAGUUAAUAGUAAACUUAACACUGUAAAACUUUUACGUCAAUCUCUAGAGCAGGGUCAAAAUAAACUUAGGUAUCUCCUUGAAUUGAAAGAGAAGGUUAUUAUGAACACAGAACAAGCUGGUGCAGCUAAAAUACAAGAAGACACAGACAAUUUAAAACAGGAAUUUGAUAAACUCAUUGCGGAUUUACAAGAUGUUCGUAAUAAGUUGAUCAAUAGAGCUGCUCAGUUUGAUGAUAUUUCUAAGAUUCACAAACUAUUAGUUGAGUGGCUAGAUGACAUUGACCAUAAGAUCCAAUCAGACGAUUCGCUCUUGAACGACUUAUCAGAAAAGAAAGCAAAGUUGGAAAAAUUCAAAACAUUCAACAGAGAUAUAGACUCUCACAGCGAUCUUGUUAAGAAAUUGAAUGAAAAGUUGCAAGAAGAUGCCUCUUUGAAGUCUAAAGAAAUUGAAGACACUCUCAAACGAUAUGAUGAUAUUAGAAAGACUGUUAUUGAGAUGAUUGCUAAACUUGAAGACUACGUGAGUUCUCACAUUCAAUACAAAGAAUGUUACGACAACUUCUACGAAUGGAUACGUAAUUGUAAGAUUGAAAUUCAACAAUGCUCCGACUCCCACGGCGAAAAAGAAGAAGUGCAGAAAAAACUACAGAACGUAAAUAAAAUAAUCGAGUCUUUACCCAAAGGAGAAGCACUCCUUACUAAAGCUGUCAAAGUUAGUGAAGCAGUUCUAGAAACUACUGGAAUUGAAGGUAAAGAUAACAUAAAUCAAGAAAUCAAACAACUGAAGAUCGAAUGGGAGAACCUACAGCAAAUUUGCAAAGAUACUAAGAAGUUACUGGAGAAAUGUCUCUCCGCUUGGUCAGAUUUCCUGGAAACGUCGGAUAAGAUGAGCAAGUGGGUAAAAGACUUCGAUAAUAAGUUGAAAACUGUUGAGAAAGUCGACAAGAUUACUCCUGAACAUCUUGACAAAUGUCGUGAACUUCUAGCAGAAGCUUUAGGUCACAAACACAUCUUAGAAGAACUUAAUGAUAGAUGCGAAAAUCUAAUGGAGCUCAGUGCAUGCGCUUGGGUACGCGAUAAGACUGUGAACCUGCAAACAGAAUAUACCACUUUAUUAACAAAAAUUCAAGGUCUUGUGUCUAAUGGUGAAAAGAACCUAUCUGAUCAUACUGAAUUUAUUAAGGCCAAGGAAGACCUUCAACAAUGGUUAGAAACCGCUCAUGGUACUGUCCAGGACUCCAUUGGAGUUGGAGACAUUGAUACAACUAAAGAUAAACUUGAAACAAUUAAACUUGUAAGCAAUAGAAUGACCGAGGGUCACCAUUUAUUGGUCGUCUUACAAGAAGCCUUUAAGAAAGCCCUUAAUAACACCCCACCGGAAGAACAAGAUAGUCUACGUAAUGAUGUCAAGGUACUUCAAGAAAGUUGGGACCAAUUGAAGAUUGACCUGAACUCUAUCACAGCACAACUUAAAGCUGCUAUUGGAAAAUGGGAGGAUUUCGAGGAAUCCAAAAAUAAAAUGAACCAAUGGAUCAAAGAUACAGAAAAGAACCUCGAUAAGGUACCCCCAACUGGUGGCGAACUUGGUGAAAUGAAGACUUUAUUGGAAAAAUAUAAACACAUUGAAGAUGAAAUUGAUAAUAAGACACCGGAGUUAGAAAGGCUCAAGAGUGAAGCUGCAGAACUCAGUUCUUGGGCUAAAAAACCAAUUGUUAAGGAAUCUGUUACAGAAAUUGAAAAGAAAAUCAAAGCAUUACGAUCAAAUUGCGCGGCUAAAAAGGCUGAGCUGGAGUCUGAAAUCAAAGACUACAACCAAUACCACCAAUCAUUACAAGACACAGAAAAAUGGUUGUUACAGAUUUCUUUCCAACUAAUGGCCCAUAACUCAUUAUACAUCCACAAUAGAGAGCAAACUGAGGAACAGUUAGCUCAACAUGCGGUCUUGCUGGACGAUAUACAAAAAUAUAGAUCAACUCUUGACGACUUAGAAGGAAAGGGUCGAGCUCAAAUCGAGCGAUACGAAGCCACUACGCCGGCAAUUCGUGACACUGUAGGAAAACAAUUGAAAAACGUAAAUGACAGUCACAAGUCUUUGUUAGCCACUGCACUGCAGAUUGAACGUCGCCUUAGAGAAGGCCUUGCGAAGUUCAAGGAGUAUGAAGAUACAUUGGAGAGUAUCCUGCAAAAUCUGGAUGAAUGUGAACCAGCUAUUACAGAAUUAGAUGUGCCGGUUGAUGGAUUGGCUCAUGGUCGUGAACUCUUGGAUAAGGCUAGGACACUUCACAACCGUCUUCAAACAGAAAAGUCUCGCCUGUCAGCGGCAGUAGCAGCAUGCUCAGCAGCAGCUGCAUCAGUUUCCCGCCCGUCAUCCCCUGCGGACACCGCGCCGCUGCCCAUACCCCCGCGCGAGCUACAUGUGCGUGCGCGCCUUGAAGACCUCAUCGAUCAGGUGCAAAGUCAUCUAGAAACUCUAGGCGAUGCAGUCUCCAGCAUGGAGGAAGCAAUGAAGCAAGUGACUGAAAUCCAAGAAUGGAUCAACGUCCACAACGCGCUCGCUCGUGAUUGGCUGGCCAACCCAUCAAAGUUGAGGCCUGAAGCGGCUAAGCAAGAUAUGGCCUCUAUGAACGACGCUUUACAAUCAUUAGCAGAGAAGAGAAAUAGGUUACUUACUGAAAUUCCAACAGAAGGUCUAGAAGACGAAAUCAAUCUAGAAGAAGAACUGGACAACCUCGAAGAAGAUAUUCUCAAAGCCAUCGAAAGAGAAAAAGGCAAUCAAGCAAUUAUUGAUGACUUCCGAAACAAAUGCCAAGAGAUUCACGAUUGGUUUGAUGCUGUUCUCAAGAAAAUGUGCUUAGCAGAUAAGGGAUCCGGUCUACCAUGCCCGCAAAAGCUUAGUGCGUUGAAAGAACUAUCUGAUGAAUUCGGAAAAGCCGGCAAAGAUAAAGUAGAUAAUAUCAAGACUGUUGGCUCUAAAGUUAUCAAUAUUGUUAGCAAUUUGGAAUCUCAACAAGUUGAAGAACAGAUGAAAUCCGUAGAGCGAAGAUACAAUGACAUCGCUAAACGUAUCCAACGCAAACUUCAAAUGCUCGAAAUUACAUACAAAGCCAUAGACGGCACAAAAAAUGAAGUUGGUGCACAAAACCAAUGGAUGCAAAAAGAAAUUGACAACAUUCUCCAUCCUGAACCACUAGGCUUUGAAAGCAAGUCAGUAAAAGAAAGGCAGAAGAAAAUGGCUAAUCUCUUAAAGGAAACAGAUGGAAAGAAAACGGUUAUUGACUCUUUGGAGAAAAAAGUAAGCAACAUUCAAUCUGAACUUGAACCUUCAGAACAAAUGCAAUUGGAAUCUGAACUAUCCGAGCUAGCAUCUAAACAAAAGCAACUAGUUUCGCUUGUUAAACAAGAAAUUGACAGAUUAGGUUCAAGCACUGAAGACAGAAAGAAACUAGAAAAUGAUAUCGAAAAAGCAAAGAACUGGUUGAAAGCUAAACUUGCUGAAAUUAAAAAAUUGGGAGGACCCGUACCUUUAGAAGCUGCGAAAAUAGAAAAGGAUAUUGGAGUGCAUAAGAAGCAUCAAAGCGAAUUGCAAGAUUUCAAUAAUGAUACACUGACUGAAGUCAUGCGGCAAGGUAAUACUGUAUGUAAAGAUUGUUCUCCUGAAGAUCGUGCUAAGCUACAUGCAAUAUUGGAAGACCUUAAUAAGCAGUAUACAUCAGCUAAGGUUGACAUUGACGACAAGCUUGCUGCACUGAACAAACUACUGCAAGGAAGAAGUGACUUUGAAUCGGAAGUUGCUAAAAUUCAGAGCUGGUUGAACGAAGCUGAAGUUGCUGCUACCCCUGAGCUAAGAACUGCUAGUUUGCAAUUGUUAGAAGAGCAACUAGCUAAGUUUGAGAAACUAAGUAAAGAAGCUGAGGAUGUUGACAAAAAUAUUACCAAAGUCAAAGACAAAUCCAAGGAUAUUAUGGACUCAUUAUCUGAUUCCAAUAAACUACAACUUAAAGAACAGAUUAACAUUAUUUCUGAUAGAUUUGCUAGAAUAAAUGCCAUAAUCAAUGACAAGAAGAAUGUUCUUUUGAAGCAUAUUAAAGAGUACAAAGAUGCAGCGGCUAAAAUAGCCGCAGCCCUCGAAUUCCUUAAUGAAAUUCAAAACAAACUUAAAGCAUUGAACAAACCAAUUGGUAGCAAAGUUGAAGAUGUCCAACCUAUAAUACAAGCUUACGAGUCUAUCUUAGCUGAUCUCAGGAAAAAUAAGAAGGAACUUAACGAACUACAAGGAGGCAAUUUGCACGAUCUACAAGACAUUUUAGCUCAAGAAGACGAAUUAAUGAGCACGAUUGAGGACCAAAUAUCAAAAUUAAAACAACUGUUAUUAUUGCGAGAACAAUUCUUUGCACUUAUUAAAGAAAUCGAGGAAUUCAUAGCUAAGUACACUGAUCUCACAUCUGAAAUUGAGAAAUCUAAUGACUCAUUGGAAGAUAAAAUCAAACGCUACGAUGACAUUAUUGGCAAAAUUCAAGGUUGUGAAGCUAUAUUGGCCACUGCUACCGACAAAGGUCAACAAAUUGCAGCUGAAGGUACAGUAAUAGACAGAAAUAACAUUACUGAACUUCUACAGUCACUGAAACAACAACUCUUGACUCUUAGAAGGACUGUAGAGUCCAAACGUCAAGAAUACGAAAGGGCAGCUGCUGAACAUAAGAAAUUGGCUUCAGAUCUAUCUGUAAUUCUCCAAUGGCUCCAUGAUAAUGAAGCUGCAGUGCUUUCAAGACCUUUACUUAAUAGAGAUGUAGCUAGUGUGGACAAGAAAUUGAUCGAACAUGCAACUCUAGCAAAGAAUAUUCAGUCAUACCUGGAUAAAUUAACUAAGAUCACUGAUAUUAUUAAAAGCGAUGAUGGCGUUCCUGGAUCGUUGUUAGAAAUGGUUUCCGAAGCAAACUCUCUACAAACGUCUCUACCAGAAGAAUUAGCGAAUAGAGAGAAAUAUUUACAAGACAAUAAGAAAUAUAGACAACAAUACGGACAAUUGGUAGAAAAACUAAACAUUUGGGUCAAUGAAGCUGCGAUACGUCUAGACAUGGGCAAGAACGGCACAGAUUUUGAGAACAUCGAAGCAGAUUUGGAAGAACACAAGUCAUUCUUUAACACUUCUGAACCAGAAAUGAAGGAUUUAGUUGGCAAACGAAUGCAGGAUAUUGUUGACAAGAUUUGGCCAUCCUUAGCUGCAAGCGAACAAGAGGAAUUAUCUAAGGAACAUCAAAAACAUAAUCAGCAGUUGAAGAAUACAUUAAACUCAGCGAAAUCCCGUCAAGCUCAAUUGGAACAAGAUUUGGAGAUAUGGAAAGACUUCUGUCAGCUCGUAGAUAAGAUAAAGGCGAUUUUAGAAAAAAAUGACGUCAAAGAUGAGCCGAUCACUUCUGUCGACGUGUUAAGAGUUCAUUUGGAGAAGUUGAACCAUGCCAAGAAUGAUUUAGAGAACCAACAGCCGCUCCUGGACGUUGUCCGGGAGCGGGCGCGCGAGCUGUGCAGCGGCGCGGACGCAGCGAGUGGCGAGCGCGUCGAACAGCGCACGCGCGACCUCACCGACACAUGGAACCACGCUUGCGAGGGUCUUGCAAAGCGCGCAGCGACAGCAGACCACCAGCUGCAACGCUGGAACCAACUCCUGGAUGUGCAGCGUAGUUUGGCCGCCGCCGUCACCGCUGCCUCCGAUCGCCUGAGACAGCUCGAUGCUAGUCCCAGCACAAGAAGGCGCGCACUUGACACUAGACAUGCUUUACAGGAACUCCAAACCGAAGUAUCAGGACUGGAAGAAAACAAAGACGAGUUACUGGAACACUCUGAAUUCGUCAUUUCCCUACUCACGCCGCACUCGAAGCAAGCGGCUGAUGAUACACACGGAUCUGUGAAAGAGCUAGUAGAAGCUUAUGACAAAUUGCGACAAACACUUGCGGCGCGGCUCGCGGAGAUCGACGACAUUGUUUCGGAAUUCGACCGCGUGUCGGAGAGAAUCGACGAGCUUCGACAGCAGAUCGAAGUGUCUAUUGCCAAAGUGAAGACCUUCUACGUUUUCGGCGAAGACGAAACUGAAAACGUCCGGGAGCUUGCGAAGGAAGUUUCAGACUUAGUGGAGCGAACGAAAAACUUCACAGACGAGAGUCGAAAGCGCUACGGUGGCUCUGCGCCGGCAGACGUAGCGCAGGAACUAUCCGCAUUGGAACUAUCCUCCGAAGCACUUGCUGCAGCCAUGGAAGAGAAAGAGAGGGAGUGGAAACGUGCGCGUACGGCCCGUUCAGAGUACGCCACAGACGUCGAAGACGUGCAGGCAUGGGUCCGUGCUGCAGAACUGACUGCACGCGACAGGACUCUACCACCUGAGCCUUAUAGAGAGCGGCUGGUGGCGACUAGGUCAGAAGUACCUAACAUAGCAGAUCGCGUCGAGCGACUGACUCGCAAUGCACGUGCUAUCGUAGAAGGUAGUCGCGAUGCCAGUGAAAGGCAAUUGGUGCAGUCCACUGUGACGGCGCUCUCGGAACAGUUCGCAGCUGUAUGCAGUGAAUUGGAAGCGCGACAAGCCGCCGUUGAAGAUGCCUGUGAUGCUGUAGCUAGAUUCCUAGGACUAUUAGAGAAAGUCCUCCUUUGGGUAGAGACACAACGUGCUUUCCUUGCGCGGCCACUCCCAUUGGCCGAUUUGCAGGAGGCGCAACAGAAACAGACUGAAUAUGGGAAUGCGCUCAAGAGUUGUAAGCAGCAAGCUAAAAAUCUGGCAGACAUGGCUAAAGAAAUAGAAGUGAUUGAACGUGUCACGAGCCCAGGAGAUUUGCCUUCAAGAUUGGAAGCGGCCGAAAACGCUACCGUCGACGUCGAGAAAAGAUUAGCGAAGACAAACGGUUUACUACAAGAGUUGGCAGAGGAAUGGGAGAGAUGUGAGAAAAAAUUAAAAGAUGCCGGCCACUGGCUGGAGGCGACAGCGCGGACCCUGGAAGCGCCACAAAACUCAAAGAAACCACUCAGGGACCGACUCGCGCUAAGGGAAAAAAUAAUCAACGACAUUUCCACACAAAAGACCAAGAUAUCGUAUGCGGUUGAAAAGCUAAACGUACAUUUCGAGCCGGACGGCGUGGCAGCACAGUCGCGAGGGCCCGAGGCCGUGGAGGCGGCGGCGCGUGACCUCACGGCGGCGCUGGACGCGCUCGGCGCCCAGACCGGCACGCAGGCGCAGCAGCUGGCCGCAGCGCUCGCGCAGGUCGACGCCUACUGCGCCGACGUGUCGCGGCUGCGCGCGCAGCUGCUCGAGGCCGAACAGCAGCUGCGCCAAGCGACGCAGCCCAACUACAGCCCGCGCGACCCCGAGCGCGCACAACGACAGCAGCAGGAGGUCACCCGGCGUAUCGAAGAGCUGACCCGAGCCAUCUACAGUCUGGACCCCUACUUCGUGAUGCCGCCGCCGCCGGGCGAGUCCGCCGACGAGUCGGUGGCCACUCUGUCCAUGCUCGUGUCGACGGCGGACUGCGCCCGCGCCAACCGCCGCCCGCGCUCGCCCGAGCGCCGCGAGCGUCGCCGCCCCGAGCGCGAGGCGCGCGAUCAAAUCUCACUCGCCGUGACCGACGCGCCGGCGCGGGCCAAGAGCCCCGGAUGGGUGCUUGAGGGCACCACGUACGCCGAGAUAGUAAAAGGCCAAAACUCGCGAUCUAGCUCGAUUGCCGAAACGAGGCAACUCAGCGCACAAAGACACCCGAGCGCUCGUAGAGAGCCCAGCCCUCGAAGGGUACAAUACGAGGCUUACAAGCAAGCGCCAAUGAGUCCUGAAGAGGAUAGAACCAGUGAAGUGAUAAGUGUGCCCGUGCAAACGCGCGUUUCUAUUGAACCGAUGUAUGAGCCAGUGUACGAUCCUAGCGAUCGAUAUUGUCAAAAAGUUGUGUACGAAAACGUUAGUGAGAGUGUACCUUAUAGGGAUGACGCUAAUGUUUACGUGUACCAAGAACCAGUCAGCGAAAGUAGCCCUGUGUCCCAGGAAAUUCAUCAAUACUAUGAAAAUCAGCCUAUAUACUAUCAACUGGAGUCUCGCGACUCAUAUAUUGAAGUUACAUCGCCCAAAGUCGAGGUCGAGGAACCGAAGACGCAAUACAUUAGCGAAUUGGAGCCACCUCAUAAUGAUGAAACAGCUCAGAGUCCGGCUGCGAUUUGUCGCUCGCAAGAUUUGUCAUAUGCUGAAAUAUUAGCCCUCGGCUUACGUAGACGACCUAAGACGCAAAGUGUAACAACGCUACCAAAACCGCAAGUGGCACAAGUAGAAUUAAUAAAAGAAGUAGUUGUCGAACAAAACGUUGAAAUGUCUCCGCAUAUUCAACAAUUCGAACCAAAAGUAGACCGCGUCGAUUAUUCAAAAUCACGACCUGAAGAACCUGAGAGACCAUAUCAACGAAGUCGAUCUAGGGAUAUGCCAAGGCAAAGGCGAGCACCUGAAAAAAGGCCAACUAAAGUCCAUGACGUGCAAACUCAGAAAAAAAAGAAACUACCUAAAAAAGUUGUUGAAGUUCAAGAUUUCGAUGACGUUAUUGAAUCUGAACAAAUUUCAGCACCUGUCCCCGUCCAGCCAGUUUCUGAACAUAGGGAAGAACGCACAACUGAAGUUUCUAAUGCUUCACCCACUACUAGGGAAAUAACUAAAAAGGUUCAACAUAGUUCUACAGUCGUCGAAACUGUUACUGAAACUUUUACCGCUGAAGAAUCUCAAUCUAUCUCUGAGGCAAACGCAGAUAAAAAGACCAAGAAAAAAACGAAGCAUAAAAAGAUUAAUACUAGUGAUGAAAUAGAAAAAGCUCUUAAAGAAAUACAAAUUUCUGAGAAAAACAAAAGGAAAAAAUCUAAAGAGUCCAUGGAUGGCGGAAAGAAUGCGGAUCAUAUUAUAGAACAAACUCACGAAGAAAUUGUAGAACCUGUCAUACAAAUUGAAGAAACACAAUCAAAAGGCCUGGAAACAACAACUAAAACCAAGAAAAAGAAAGGUCAUAAAGAGCAACUAAAAGAAAUGACUCCUGCAUUAGAAGUUGCUACACCAGACAUUUUUAUAAAUAAGCCAGUAACUAUAGAAAUUGAAGAAAAUAUUCCCAAAAGAACUAAACAGAAAAAGAAAAAGGUUCAAAAGGAAAUCAAACAAAGUAUUGAACCAACAGUAGAAGACAUAAAUAGAGAGUUUAACAGAGAAAAAUCUGAUGUAGUAACAAAAACUGAAACCCAUGAUAGUGUGAAAGAUGCCGUUACUGAAAUGCCUGCAAGCACACAGCAAGUAGAAGACGUUUCCAUUGCUUCUGAGGAUGAAACAAUUUUGAAAAUUUCAGUCCCUCUCAUUGAUAAUCAAAGCGUGGUUACUGAAAACUUUGGUGACACUGAAUCUAAAGAAACGCUGGCUACUAGCACUACAGAUCUUGCAGAAAUAAAAAUAAGCGAUUCUUCUAAUUCAAAGAAGAAGAAAGGUCUCAAAGAUAAACCAUCUCAUAAUAAAGCAGCUGAAAUUGUUCAAGAAUCUACCACUGUUAAGUCUUUAACACAGACCCGAACGGAGCCUGAAGAAGACAUAACUGAGCAGAGUACAACACAAUCCGAAGUAACAGAUAUAAAUCCAGCCGCUAAGAGCAAGAAAAAGAAAAAAAAUAAAAAACACGAAAAAGUUCAUGAGCCAACAUCGGUCGAAACUGUAAAUGUCCUUAUUGAGACAUCAGACGCUUAUGAUGUGUGCGUACCGGAAAUACCGGAUGUUAAGGAAAUUAAAUGUCCAGAACAUACUCAAGAAAAAUGUGACGAACCUAAAGAUUUUAUUGAAGACGCCCAUGAGAAAACUGAAGUUCCAGUAGAAAUCAAGAAACACCAAGAAACAAAGGGUUCUAAGAAGAAGUCUAAAUCUAAGAAGACUAAAGAGUUUGAACCUAAGGAUCAUGAACUUGGCGUUAAAGAAAGUGGCUUACCAGGGCAUAAAGAAGAUGAAAAUAUCGAUAACGAAGUAAUAGUUACGACUGAAGAGGCUCAGUUCGAAGAAGUCAAAACUCAUAAAAAGAAAUCUAAAUCCAAAAAGGCUAAGGUUGUCGAUGAUGAUAUAGAGAAAGCUCUACGAGAAAUAGAGCAUUCUGAAUCAACCAAAAGGAAACCAAAAGAUAAAGCUUCUAAAAAUAAAGAAAAACGAGGCGCUGUUUAUGUGGAAGAAAUUAAAACUCAUAACGUAAAAUCCGGUGAUCAAUCGCCCGAAAUAGAAAAAAUUGUAUCGAGUAAGGAAAAUAUUAUAACAAUGGACUGGAACACUUUAAUGGCAGAGGAAGAAGGCAUGACCGAACCUUUGAUUGAACCUAUGGAACAACAUCCUCCAGAUGUAAUUGAAACAAAUCAGCAAAUUGCAACUGAAGUGACAAUUGUUCAGGAAACAGAUAAUUUGUUAAGACAAGAAAUUGAAAACAUAGUAAAAGAAGCUGAAAUAAUUAAAGCUGGCUUAGAAACUCCAAAAGUCGCCGAAGCCACUGAAGUACAUAAUAGUCAAGAGGCUUCAAGUGUCGAAACCCCAACUACUUUUAGUCCUGGGGAACAAAAUAAUAAUGACAAAUUCUUCUCUACGGAUACUGUCAAAGAAGGCUCUAUUAAUAUAGUCGAAGAAGUAACACGUUAUGAACCCAUCGAAAAAGACAUUGAGACACAUACAAUUUAUCUUAUUACACAUGAAAAAAAGAAAUUACCGCCGAUUCGUACUGUUAAAGUAUUUAGUAGUAAAAGCAAUUCAUUAGAAGAAUCGUCUUCUGCUGACGAAAUUACUCCUCAGGUAAAAGAUGAUAUUAAAAAUAACAAAAUCGCAGAUAAAAAGUCUUCCAGUACAUUUGUUGAAGUUGAAACGUCACAAGAAGAAACAAGCGAAGCCAUUGAAACGCUUUGUACAGAAAAAUCUUCCGAAAUAAUGGAAAGUACCACGGAUGUUAGUGAAAUGAUGGAAAUUCAACAAGCCUCUGAAAAUGAGGAAGCUUUUAAGGUUCAAGAACCUUCUAUUACAGCAAAAGAGUAUAAAAGUAUUGCAGAGGAAACAGAAUCGGGUCCACCUGCUGAUAUCUUACAAGAAGCAAUAACAGUGACAGAAAACAUCAACGAAUGUGAGUUUGAUACAAUUUUUGAACAAGCCAUAUUUGGAUCAGUUCAAGAUCGUAAUAAAACUAAUACGACAAAAGAGAGGCAGACAUCACUUGAAAUACCGUAUCAACAAUUGGUUGAAGAAGUAAAGUUGUACUCGUUAAAUCUGGAUUUUGAACAAUUAGGUUAUGAUUACUCGCAAUUUUUGGCAAAGGAACGUCAAAGUCCCGCGAUUGAAAAUAUUAAUAUAGUUGAGCCCACAACCCAACCAAGCUUCGAAGAAAUAACAAUUAACAAACCAGAAAUUCCUCUAGAGGAAGUUCCUAAACAAAGCUAUCAAAUAAUUUCUGAUGCAGAAAGUAAUUUUGGGAAAGAUCAAUCUAUUGAAAAACCUAUUGUGAUUACAGAACCCCAAAAACAUUCAGCUUAUAUUAUAGAAAAAGCCCCGAGAUUUAGUUAUUACGACAUACAAGAUGCCGAACGUAACUUUGCGUUAAACAAUUCCGAAGCAGGUGAGGAUAAUAUUACGCGGGACGAACAACCAAGUGUGUUGCCGCACCAGAUAUUAGCAGGAGAUACACUAUUUCCAACUGAUGCAAGGACAUCAACAAUAGCAUCUGCCGAAACAGAUUUUAUUAGCGCCGAACAAAUCAGUUCCUUAAUAUUGUCAGAUACUUCUAUGACUGUCGAUGAACAAAGGGAACCAUGUGAAACACAUGUAAUACGCAAAUCUUUGACUGACUUUGAGCCACUGCGGGAGGAAACACCACGUCAAAGUUACCACGAAAUAGUUGACGCUGAAAUAUUACUCGCUUCUAUUAAUUCAGCACCAAGACAAAUACUAGAGGUUAUUCAGUCGGAUGUUGAAAUGAUAGAGCCUAAAGUUGAGCCCGCCAGGGAGAAUAGUACCAAUCCUGUGUUUGAACCACUAAAACAAAGCUAUCACGAGAUAUGUGAUGCUGAACGCCUAUUAGGUGAGAUUAAAUCUAGAGAGCCUUCACCUUCACCUUCACCUGAAAUAGAAUUAGUCUCAACUACAGUUACAUUAACUGAAACCGAUCAAGUGCCUAGGGAACAAAUUGUAAAUCAAGUCACACCUGUUACUAACGGCGUGGUAGUAGGGCCAUUAAUUGCAGAAGACAUGCAGGACGACGAACAGAGACAGAGUGUAUACGAAGUGCCACAAUUCAGUUACCAUGAAAUCAGAGACGCUGAAAAUUUAUAUGCACAUUCUGUAAGACCUCUGCAGUCUGUGAUACUGCAAGAAGAAACGAGGGAAAUUAAUAUUGAUGCCCAAGAUCCUACUACAUCGUCUAUUGUUAUUUUGGAAGAAGUUACAAGAGAUGAUUAUGAAAACCUUACAAUUAUCAAGGAAACUAUCUCCACAGAUGUAGAUGUAGUAUCGCUCGAGGAUAAUCAAACGAAGAAACAAUCACCACCUAAAGAGUUAGUAUCAGAAUCGUCAUCUCAUAGUUAUCAUGAAUUGCAAGACGCUGAGCUUGCAUUUGCUAAUAUUAGCACCCAAUCGUCGAUUGAAAAGAAACAAGAUGAAAUAGUUACGUCUACAGACAUUUCGUUAGAAGUCAUAGAUCAAUCGGUUAAAAGUACACCAGAAAUUGUGGAAAAAUCUAAAAAAGAUCAGUUUUACGAAUCUGCUUCAGAACCAGCAGAAGCAUUUGAGAUUCAUGAUCUCUGCAAUUCUCCGGUUACAAUUGUUUGUGGCACCAACGAUAAAUCGGAACGUCAAAUUGAAACUCGAAAAGCAGAUGAUACUGUAGAAUUUACAGAACCUCCAAGUAUUGAAGAAAUAUCUAAAGCCAUUGAAGUUGAAACGACUGUCUCUGACGUGCCCGAUGCUCAUACAAUUUUUUCGUAUGAAAUUGACGAUCUUGAUGACACACUUGUGCCUGUGGUUUUCGGUGAUAUUAAAAAAGUAGAGACUGCUAUUAAAGAGAGACAAAUUGCGCAACUUAAAUCAGUGGAAUUGCCUCCUAAAAAAACUAUUGAGAAAGAUGCUAAACAAAUAUCCGAAGAAGUUCUUGAGAAACCCGUGGAAACGCCUCAUACUAUCUCGGCGGCAUUUAUUCAAAGUGAAAUAUCGCACACUUUUACAAGCUUAUCGCAAGAACCAAUUACGGAAAUGAAAAGUAUGUGUCCAGAAUCUACUGAUACGCCUCAACAAUCUAGGGAUGCUAUAAAUACGGUUCAAAAUAUAGUUACGGAAGUAUCUAAAGACUCGGUUGAUAGUAUUAUGUCUGAGCAACUUAAAAGCGACACAAGUGUUAAGUCUGAAAAAUCUCCUAUUCAUAGUUUGCACGACCUCCUUCCUGCAAUAGAUUCCAUUCCCGAAUUUAAGCCGUCCUUUUCAAACACUGUAUUGUAUUCAAAUUUAUCGGCUGAUGCACCUGAAUUCACACCUUCGUAUUUGUACCGAAAUAUUGAAAGUACUGUGUCUGAAAGCAAACCGACUUCUAUGACUGUCGGUAGUACCCAAUCGUCUAUAGAAAUUCAAAAUCAAUCUCAAAUAGCACCAGAAAUUAUGGAAUUACGUCACUCUACAGUUAGCUUGCUACAGACUUCUACACCAGAGAUUUAUUCAACAAUAACACAAACACAGAGGGAAACGGAAGAAUCAGAGUCCAAGGCAAGAGAAACAGAGCCUGAAACUCUACAACAUGACAUAAUAUCUCUCAAAGGGUUUACUCAAGAAGAGCAUGUUGAUACCAAAACGAAGCGUAGUAAGAAAAAGAAGAAGAAAGAAGAUAAAAAGGAAGUGCCAGUGUCUGAAUCGCAGUCGUUGGCGGCACUUUCGUUAGAACCCACAUUUGCGCGACCAGAACCAGUAAAUGUAUGGGCUAAGGCGGCAGAAGAGGGAAAAUCAUAUGCAGAAGUCGUGGCUGAAGGUUCUGGAAUUCUGCCACCAGAAAAGCAAUUACAUGCUGAAAUAAUCAAAGAAGAGGUUAAAAAUACAAUUGAAGAACCACCUGAGGCAGAAAGUGUUCACGGUUCUUGGGCUAAAAUUACAUCAGCAAGUCACUCAACGCCAGACAGGACUCAAAAAGCAGAGAUGACAAGUGAGGCUGUGCAUACCACUCACAAACCUCCUAUGAUAUUAGUUGAUGAAUCGAAUGCUGAGCACCACAAGCCUGAAGUAGAGGUUGAUAGUGAAGGCUUUAUAACUGUUGAAAGACACAGAAGAUCGCGAUCUCGAUCGCGAGACAAUAUGUUAUGUUCUAAAUCAAAGUCAUCACAGGCUCCUGAUACACGUGACAAAUCAGAGAAUAGAUUCGAUCCGCUUACAAAUAUUUUAAAAUCUGAAGAUACUGAAUCGGUUCAUGGUAUCCCGCAAGAUGAAGAAAAACAAACUGUUCAAAAAGGAAGAAAAAGUCGUUCUUCUAAGUCUAAAGAAAAGGGAAUGGAACCCAAAAUAAUAUUUCCCAGUACAUCUGAUGAAGAUAAACUAGCACCUAAAAAAGAUAAAAAGAAACGUUCGUCCAAAUCAAAAGAAAAAACAAUCAAACAGGAAAAAGAAGUAAUAACGCCUGACAAAAAGGAAAUAAUACCAGAAAAAGAAGUUUUACAACCUAAUCCGGUAAAAAAUUUAGAGACUCAAGAAGAAACAAGUAUUGUGACACAAUCAGAAACGCAGGAAAACAAGAAGAAAAGUAAGAAGAAGAAAAAAGAUAAGAAAACAGAAAUUGGCCCCACUGAGCCAGCUUCGUCAGUAGAAAUUAUCCAUUCUGAACAAGAAACAAAUAUUGAAAAACAGGCUCCCACGAAAGGUUAUCAGAGAUUAAUUGAAACCCCGAUAUCUACACCGGAGUCAGUACAUACUCCUAUUAAAGAGAGAAUAUUCUCAGAAGCACAAUACUGGAAAGUCGACCCAAGUGGACUAGAAGACUUAUCUCAUUUGGAUGAAAAUAUUACCAUUGAAAAAGCACCUGAAGAGGUAAAGCCUGCAGAAGCAAUGCAAACUCAACAAGUAAUAAGUAAUGUAGUGUCGCAGCUUCAACCAGACGUUACUCCGGAAAGCGAUGAGAAGAAAACAAUAACUGAUUUUAUCACCCAUGAAAUAUUAACAUCUAUUAAUGAAAAACAAGAGCAACUAGCUGAAAAGAUUUCUGAGGAACAGUCUCUAGAAAGUAAGAUGGCUGAUUUGCAAAGGGAAAUAGAAGAAAUGCUAUUACCAGAAAAUGACUCGCUACUUGGUGAUGACACUCCUAAGGAGUUGACAGACAUGCAAAGUUCUGCAGAUUACCUGCAUGAUGAGAGCCUGGAUAAUAUUACACCAGCCUUAGCAUCUCCAGAACCUUGCGAUGAAGUUGUAGUAGAACAAAAGAUUGACGUAAAAGAUGUUCAACAAUACCAGCUAGAUGAUAAACACAUUAGUAUGAGCAUGAUCGAUUCUUUACUCGACGAAUCUGAAGUUGUUCCAGCUACAGUGCAUCGUGACAUGUCACCCAAAGAACCUGAACAGGCAAUACAAACUAAAGAACACGAAUCAAAACUCACGCCAGCAAUAGUACUGCCCGAAGUAUCAUUAGAUAAAAUGCCAGUGAGAAUGUACGAGCUUCAACACAGCGCUGAAAAUAAAGAAACGCAAUCCGUAGACUUACCUAAAUCAGAACUAUUUGAGGAAUCCAGAAAAGGAUCUGCAGAUGAGCAUGAUAAACCCAAACAAUCUGAUAAAGACACAGUGUCUUCACAGUUUACACAAGUAGUAACUACAACUAAAAUAUUAGAUGAACCGGUAGAACUUUCGGAACCCUUAUUAACUAACUACGAUCCCACUAUUAACAACUUACUAAACCUAAAAGAAGAUCACUUUUGGACUGAUAAAUUUAUUACGGACGAUGCGGAACGGUUAUUGCUCGACCAAAACUAUAACUUUCCCAAACCUACUGAAAUCAUAUCGGAGUUCAAAAUCGAACCUAACUUUGAGUUUCAACAGUCUGAAAUCAAAAUUGAUCCCAAUUCAGAACAUAGUGACGAUGACAUAAGUGUCGAGGAAAAUAUAAGUAACGACAGUUCUUUCUGGCCCGAAAAGCAUUUAUACCACGACGCGGAACGUGAAUAUUUCCUGUUAAUGGCUAGGGAAUCUAAAUCUCCAUCACCGCCUAAGGUUGAAAUUGAAAUUAAAGAUCAAAACGAUAAGGAUAAAGGACCUGGAGGUGGCUCCGGCCACUCGUCCGAGACGGAGGAGCCCAGAGAUUCUUGCGGAUCGCCUUUCGAUUCAAAUUACAUUUCAAUGGAUUUACCCGGUGGCAUAUGUAGUUGGAAAGAUCAGAGCUCCUAUCUGAGCCUGGAAACGCCUACAGACUCCCUGGGCCCCAUAAGUGAGAAUACGCCGCGCAUAGGAACCGAUUCGCGGGAGGAUAUACUAACAACCUCUCCCCACGAACCAGUAGCCCCACCCCCACCCUCACAGGAGCAACCGGGAGGCGAGGACACAUCCCAGAGGAGAGCCAAGGAGUUGUCUAACGAUAUUGAAAGUCUGCUGGAGGAAGUGCGAUCGGUGCAAACCAGGCUGUCUGAUCUACCUGACGAGAGCCUCGAGGCUAUGGAAGGUGGACUGAAGGACGGCAUUGAAGUUCUUGUCAAGUGUGAAGAAGCUGCCGAGCUAUUGGAACAACAAAUCAUGGAGUAUCGCCAGGAGGCAGAGAUCCAGAACCUGCUCAAAGAGUUGAUUGUGAUGAAGGCGAGGAUAUCCAAAUUGCUCACACAAGCGAGACAAGGUUUACUCACCAUCGAGGUAAGCAAGGACGCCAAAGCAGAAAUGGCUCGGGAAUCAAAAGAGAUCGAAAAACAAAAAGAAAAAAUUGCCAAACUUGAUCGGUGGCUUGAAACUAUAAACAAUGAGCUCAAUGAAUCGACCAAACAUUACGACGUCAUUGUAGAGGAAGACAUCGUUAAAUAUAUCGAGAUCUACGAACGUUACAUCAGGGACUACGAGGAGUAUGAGACUUUACUGAAGUCUAUUACCGUGAUAAGUAAAGAUGAAUCUAAUCAGUCGUUGAGAAAGAAAGUGGAAGCAAUGCAGAACGCAUUGCAGGAAACGAAAAAUCUAGUCAUUGUAGAAAUAGAAAGGUUAAGGCAAGUGUUAAUCCAGAUUAGAUCUGCGCCUGAAGUCGCUGAUGAGGAUAUUUCACAGACGGACAGAACCAUUGAUUCGACGUCUAUGCCCGAAGAAGUCGUUAGUCCGAGGGAAGUAUCAGAUAAAGUCCCUACUGUCCAAGAAAGUAAACCUAGUCAAGUUGUCAAAGCACAUACAGUUACUAUAGACACUCAAACUGGAAAGAGUCUUGCCCUAGAGCCAGAGCUGAAGGAAAAACCUAUAGUUGACACAGCCAAAGUGCCAGAAAGCAAGCAAACUGCUGUGAUUGAAACGCAAACAGGAAAAAGUCUGAUAUCCGAUGCUCCUUCCGUGUCGGAUAAAUCUGUUAUAUGUCAACCUGACAUAGAAACGACAAAAGAUGUAGCAGUAACAGCUGCAGCUCCACAGCAUGUAGAAAUUCAAACUACUGAGCCACAUCUAGAAGAUAGAGAACUGCUUGAAAACAUCCAAGUUAGACAGUUUAUGACUGACGGUCACGAAACUAUUGAAAUUGCUAGUCGUCCCAUUUACAGAGAACAAAAAAUUGAGGAUAAAUCUAUUUUAGUAGAUGCGAACUAUAAAGACGACUAUACAGGUAAAGAUUCUCAACUGAAUAUCACCCAUAGUUUACCGCAGUCUUUCGAAACCGUAAUGGUUGAACCCGAUGAAACAACUACUGAAGUUGUAGUAGACGCCGAUGGUACAAAACGAAUUAUUGUUAAGAAAAUUAGGAAAACAUUAGUGACCAGACAGCAAUUAGUGCAAACACAACAACAAAGAUCUCAAAUUCUUGCAAGCAAUGUUAUUCCACAAGAGCAAUCGUUUUCGCAAGUAAUUUUAAAAAAAGAUAAGGGAUCGACAUCGACUGCCUUAGGCGACGGCGAUGUUCAACAUGUUCAAUAUCAAACUUACGAUGGGCAACUUGUAUCUGGAUUACCAGGUGGUGAAGUAACUAUUCAAGAGUUCACAUCUAAACCUGAUAUGGUCAUCAAAAUGGAACAAGGAAUGAAACCCGAAGAAAUUCUCCAGAUUGCUGAAGGUGAAGUGCCACAAAUUCAAACUUCAUCAUCUAGCGUAACAGCUGUGGUUCAACAAGUUACUAAAAGAAUAAUUUGCACUCGACGACGCAUAAUACGACGGGUUGUUAUAAUAGACGGCAAAGAGCAUGUAACGGAAGAGAUUGUGGAAGAACCUGACGUUGAGGUUCACGAAGAACUGAUUCCAAGGGUUUCAAUCAAUGUUAAAGAUCAAGGUGGUGUAUUAUUUGAAGAAAUUGAUGACUCACAAGAUAAAGGCGACCAACCACCUUCGUCUCUACUUCCUGAUAACAAAGGCGAUCCUUCUAAAGAUAAUAAGUCACUGAAGAAACCACCCAAGCUUGAUGACUCACCUCCAAAAGAAACUCUUUUUGAAUCUUCUCAGGACUCAAAACCACCAAAUGAACCUACAGCAAGCGACAAACCAGAUUUACACGAAUUAAUGCAAGAAUUAAUUCAACAAGAAAGUAUGCAUGGCGAAUCCCCAAAAAUAGAUAAGUCUGAAAAUGUUAUUCAUACUUCCCAAGAACGUGAAACAACUCCUCGAAAAACUUUUACAAUUUCUGAAAUAUACCAAACGCUACCAUCAGAAGGCGGACAGGUAUAUGAAGUACAAGAACCACAAGAAGGUCAGUACAAAAUAACAAGCGAAGGUAUUGUUCAUUCCACCCUUGAGUCAUCCUCUGCUAACAUAGCUACAGUGGUAUCAAAAGUCACGAGAAAGGUAACACGGACUAGAAAACGCAUCAUCAAACAUAUUCAAAUAAUUGACGGUAAAGAACAUGUUACUGAAGAAGUGAUCGAGGAACCCGAUGAUGUACAAAUAACAGAAGAAGAACCUCAAGUUUCUCAACACACGAUCCAAGAACAAAAUAUAAAAACAAAACGCAUAAGAAUUAUUCGCCAAGUCCAAAUAAUCGACGGUAAGGAACAUGUGACUGAACAAGUUAUAGAGGAACCAGAUGAUGAAUGUACACCCGAGACGACAGUAACAUAUGCUGAUAGUGAUGUGCAAGUAGGUGCGCCGCAGAUUUCUGAAAUUUCCCAAGAGUUUGCUAGCAUUAUGAAAGAACCUGUAGAAGAUACAUUAAAUCAGAAAACUGUCAUUGAGACUAUUAAACCAAUAUUAUUGCAAAAAGGUGAAAUAGUAGAAACUAAACAAGAACCUACACUAAGUCUGGAUGCGAAGGACGUGCCUGUACUUAAUCUGGAUGCCAAAAACGUGCCAAAAUCAACACCAAUUGAAAUAGUUGUGAAAGCAACACCUGCUACAGAAGAAGUAGUUUAUACCCCUGUAGAACCUCAAAAGAAUACAACCAUAAUUGAUAUUACUAAUAAACUCAUAGGUAGUGAAAUAGAUCAUUCUGCUGCCUCAUUAAUAGCGCCUUUACCUAAAAUGUCAAUUGCCGAGCAGAUAGCUCCUGAAACUAAGGAACCAUUACAAAAAGAACCAGUUCGAAACAAGAGAAAGGACAAAAAACGAAAGAAAAUUAAGAGCAUAGAUGAAGAAUCGGACAGCAUUUCAGUUUCUGACAAUGUUCCGGACUUUGCUCAAGAAAUUGGACAAACUGCCAUUGAAAAAGAAGUUGAAAUAGAAGCAACUGCCGAUCGUGCUAAGCCUGAAGCCGAAGCAAUAAAAGAAUCGAUAGAAGCGUUAGUGGAAAUGCCUAACCAAUCCACAUAUUCCGUCACAACUAAAGAAACUUCUAAUCCACAACUACAAAUUCUCACAAAAACAACAACACAAAAAGACCCAUCCACCAAAAUGACAGUGACAAGAAAUAGAAAACGCAUAAUCAAACAUAUUCAAAUCAUCAACGGCAAAGAACACAUUACUGAAGAAGUCAUUGAAGAGCCAGAAGAAGUAGAACUACUUAUAGGAGAACCCAAACUAGUACAAACUCUCCAGGAAGAUGGUAUAGAGACAAAACGUAUAAGGAUUAUUCGGCAUGUCCAUUUUAUUGAUGGCAAGGAACAUGUUAUCGACCAAGUGGUUGAAGACGCUGAUGGUGAAUACAUUCCCGAUUCUACAAUUAUAGCAGAAAUUGAUGCACAUAUAAGUAAAAUACACGAAGUUAAACCAAAAGAACAGAUUGAAAGUUCUUUUGUACCUGCAGUAAGGUCACAAACAGACGGGGUUGAUGCCACAACAGCAUUAAUUGGCAGUGAAAUCGAUAACGUAGCUUUUACUCAACCAAUAAAUCAAGAGCCAGUAGCUAAAAAAAGAGAAAAAAAGUCCAAGAGGGGUAAAAAAGAAUCAAAAGAGGACGUUGAAACUAAAAAAGAUAGAACACCAGAACUGGCUGAAGCACCUACGAGAGCUGAAGUAGGUACACAGAUUGUUCAACAAACCACAGCAACUGAGCCUGCUGUGACGAAAAUCUCAAUGCAAGAGGACGUACCUAAAGUAACGGAAACAAUUACAACUGCCACUAUAACAACAUCACCUGCACCUGAUACGGUGAAUGAAACUACAAUUACUGACAUUACCACAAGUUUUAUUGAUAGUGAAUCCAAUCAUUCAGCAGCAUUGAAAACUGGACUUGAAGAACCUGUACCUAAGAAAAGAGACAAAAAACGCAAAAAGCAGCCAGAACCGGUUAAGCCUGCAAUACCACACGAGGAACUGAGGGAAGAAACCAAACAAGAAUCAAAACAAAUAGUAGAGAAACUUAAAUCGCUGUCUCCUGAAAAAGAAAUUAUCGAAGCGCAUGUUGAGUCCCAAACAGCGGAAGAAAUUGUAUUUCCUGCUGAAAAAAUUACCCUUACAGGUAAAGUGACAACAGCCAAAACUACUCCUAUAACUGAAAUGUUAGAGUCUAAAAUAUUCAAAGGAAAAUCGCCCGAAGAGCUGAAAGACAAGACACCAUCCCCGGAUAAAGAAAUCAAACAACACGUUGAUAUUGACAUUGUUUCUAAGGACAUAACUAAAAUGCCUGAAGCAAAAGAAAUUAGUAUUCUUGAACUUACUAAACAACUUUUAGAGAAAGAAAGUAUUCAUGCUGCAGAUAUUCAUUCACCCGUUAAAACAAAAGAUACAUUCGAAUUUAUUCAAACAACCGUCGAAAAAGAACCAAUGGUUAAAACACCAACACCUAUUGCAGAUGUUUCCAAAGAUACUUAUGAACAAGUAAAUACAGGAACUACUGUAGUACCUGACCAGAAACAUGAAAGCUUAGAUUUUGGUAAAAUCGACAGCCUGACAUACGUAGCACAGGUGCCCGAACGAGAAGCGUCUCAAACAGCUAUAGAAAAUAAAGAUAUUGUGCCAUUGAUUCAAGAAGUCGAAAAUAUGACUAAAAUUGUAGUUAGUGCUGCACGACCUGAACAAAGAAUAACAGAAGCAGUAGUUAUAAUACCACAGAAGGAAAUUAGUGAACAGACGCAAGAACUUCUUAAACAAGAAUCUGCAAAAGAUAAUUUACUAAUCCAUUCUGAACAGCACCCUAUAGAGCCAUCGCAUGUUACGAGCGAAGAAACGGUAAUACCUUUAAAAGAUAUAGUUGAGGAGAGAUCUGAAAUCAUUCCUGAUAAACCACCGAAGUUAUAUUCGGUGGGUAUAGAGCCUUUACAAAGUGAAACUAUUGUCACAGAGGGUGUUGCAACAAUUGUGUCUGACGUACCACAGAUAUCUUAUAUUCAGCAAUUUAAACCUCAAUUGCAAAGUUCCACAGAAAGUAUUGACAAAAUAAUACCAGCUCUUGAAAAAGAACCACAACUUGAACAUUGUAUAAUGCCAUCGGUGACCUUGGAGACUAUACAACCAAUUAAACCAGACGCUUACGAUAUUAACUUGCUGCUUGAAGCAGAACGUCAGGAUACUCAUCUACGUGGUGUACAACAACCUGUGAAUGAAAGUAAACUAAUACAAACUGUCGAUAUUUCUGUGUCUAUUUCUAAAACUGAUGAAGCUCACAAAGAUGAACCUAAAGUACAGUUUGAUAUUAAAGUUGAGGGCUUAGAAUCAAAUGAACCAUUUAUUGUCAAGAAGGACGUUAACGUCCAUCUACCAAGCGACGUAAAAAUCAUAACUGACUCAGUUGAAGAUCCAGUGUCUCAACCUUUAGAUAAGGAACAACGACCAACAGAAAUAACACCUGAAGAAUCAAUAAAAGAUCGUAAACGAAGUAAAAAGAAGAAGAAACACAAAGUACUUGAAACCGGCGAUUCUAUGGAAACCGAAAUACUCACCGAAACGGACAAAAGCACAGAGAGCUCAUCUUUGAGUCACUAUGUAGAGUUACCAACUUCACCCCCAAUUGAAUCUCCGAAACCAACAGGAGAUGUUUUAGAACCAGUACUACAAGAGCUAGAACCAGAUUCUCUAGUUACUGAAUUGGAUUACACGACCGAAGAAAAGGGAUAUGAACCCGAAGAUGCAUCAUUAGAUGUAGUAGCAGCCCCUGACAAAAAGAAGAGACAAAAGAAACGAAAAGCGUACGCUGUGAGUGACGAAACCGCCUACCCCAAACUGACUACAGCGGAAUCUGACGACACUACGAUUUCUACUCCUGUUGAAAUUGCUGAGAAUACUCAGCAAAAGAAAUCCAAAUCAAAGAAAGGGAAGAGAAAACUUCCCAACGAACCAUUAUCAACGCCAGACGUUGAACUUGAACUAGAACCCGAAAUUCAACCAGAAAGCCCAAAGAUAGGUGAAAUUGGUGAAACUUCCCCUAAAGAUGAAUCUUACCACACAAUGAGUGAAACAUCUGAUAUAAGCACAGUAAAAAUUAUAGAAGAAUGCGUACAAAGCAGUCCUGAGACAAUCAAGAAAGAAAUACCCACGACUAUUACGUAUCCUGUUCCAGUCGUGGAAGAAAUACCAACCCAAGAAUAUUCUGUACAAACCUCACCUGAAAUCGUCCAAGAAACGUUUACAGCAGAAAUUCCAGACAUACCCAGACCAGAAACUGCAGAAACUGCGUUACAAACGUCUCCUACUCCUAUUAGAGAAUCUUUGGUUCAAACAACGCCUGUUGAAGAACAAGAAGCUCAUACUCAAACACUUGAAGAAGUAACACUCGUAGAAAAAAUUGAGAAAUCUGAUUCACAGAUGCAGACUAGCAAAUCCGCAAGUCCAGAACCCAUAAUUCAAACAGAAAUGACUACUCAGGUUGUUCCGCAAGAUAUUUAUACUCCGGAAGAAAAGUUCUCGCAAACUUCACCCAUUGAAGAAUUAGAAGUAAAGCAUAAGAAACCACCAACGCCCGUUACUAUUACAGAAUCUAGAGAAAUACAAACGUCUCCAUUGCCUGAAGUGCAAAAGGAUGAAAAAAGUACUGAAAUGAUUAUCGAAACAACAGAAAGUGAUAUUCAAACAAUCAAGCAAGAAAUCGCAGACCAGGAAACAUCUACUACGCCUAUUGAGGAGAAGGAGCGGACGGAGAUAAGCAUUCAGACUCACGUAGUUCCUCUGGUGAGCUCUUAUACACAAUCCGAAACGCUACAACCUGUGACUGUACCUGUAACUGAAGAGAAAAUUGAUCUUGAAAAGCCUUCACUUCCUGAACUAGACAUUACCAAAACAGAUGUCAUAACAGUCGAUAGCACUCAACAAACAUCGCCCAUACCGAAAGAGAUCACACCAGUACUUCAACCAGAAGUUAUAAAAGAGGUUGUUACUGCUGAUAGUACACAACAGACUUCACCAAGAUCGGAAGGACCAAUAUCUAUGCCUCCAAUUGAUCUCACUAGAAGUGAAAUUAUUACUGUAGAUGGCGCCCAGCAGACGUCGCCUAGAGAUGAUUCAAUAUCAACAUCGACAGAUGAACCUUAUGAGGUGCACCUGCGAGCUCAAAUUUCCAUUCCUGAAGCGACUACCGAAUUUAUUGAAAGUGAAAGGCAACGACCACAAACUGUCAUUACUGAGAAACAAAAGUACAAAAAACUGAAGUCUAAGAAAAAGACCGACUCUCCGGUACAGUCACCUGAAAGUCUUUCGGAUCUUAUCACCAGGGAAUUGUCUCUAUCAGAGACGCCGACGAGUGAUGAUCUGUCUUGCCAAGACAUCUCCUCUAUAGAUGAGGGUAUUUCACAACUGGCUAGUCCUAUUUCACCAAGACAGGAAAACUACGUUGCUGAACAACACAAGUUAACAUAUUCCGAUGUUGUUCAAAGGUCGAAAUCUAAGUCACCCUCUCCAAGCAAGAUAGUUUUCCCGCAAAAAUCUGAAAAGGCAAGAUUGCUCAAGGCUUUAGAGAAGCGAACGCAAUCUGUUACUGAAUCCCAGAAGGGUGCCGCUGAUGAGUUUAUGGCUGUAGCACUGCAAGGACUAACAGUGGAUAAGUCAUACGAACUCGUCAUAAACAAAGAGCUUGAUGAAGUAAGGAAUGCGACUGAAAGUAACGAUCCAAGAAGAAUUGAUAAGAGUGUUAUUAUGAUAAUUGAAACUAUCUCAAUUUGGCUAGAAGAAAUUCAAUAUAAAAUUCAGCGCGAAACUGCUUCUGGAUCAAAACCAACCGAAGAAAGCGAACGCUUGAAAUCACUUAAAAGCUACAUCCAACAUUUAAAAGAAAUCAUUGAGGUAACGGAAGUAAGUGAAGAAAUCACGACAUUGAUUGAAACAUUAACGCGACAGAUAGAUGCAGUAAAUACAUUGAGCAACCAAAGUUCAGUCAAAGUCAAAGAAGUUGAAAACGAAUGGGCCAAGUUCUUAGAGGACACAGAGAAGCUCAAUCGUUCUGUAGAUAAAGUUAAGUCUUCCGUAGAUGACACUAUACUAUCUGACAUUCCCACUCAACAGAAAUUGGAUAAACUUGAUAAUAUAGAAUCAGAAAAUAUGGACAACUUAAAUGAGGUUAACAAACUAUUUAGAAGAUUCCGUAUUCUUGUUGAAGCAAAUCCAAAACGAGAAUGUCCAACGGUACUAUACUCUUGCGAAGAUGACACCAAACAGGUUGAGAACAUAAUAAAUACAGAACGAGAUCGUCUUUUGCAACUUACGUCUUUGGCAGAGGAAUACGAACAAACUUUGCAAGAUUUCGGACAAAUCACUGAUGUUGCUGAAGCACUUUUAGACGGAAAGAUUAUUGUGUCCAACCUGGAUCAUUUACAUGAAGAAAUUCAAAAGCAUAGAAAAUUCUUUGUAAACUUAAGCCAUUGCAGAGCCAUUUUAGAAUCAUUGGAAGAUAAUUUAGAUAGUGAAACCAGGGCCAAAUACUCGUCUUUACACAACUCCCUUCAUGACAGAGCUACAGUUAUAAUAGACAGAGCUGCAAGUCGAGCUCAGCAAAUGACAAUGGCAGCAUCAAGAUGGACAAUGCUAGAACAUGGAAUGAAAGAAGAGUAUCAAUGGCUGAGAGUUGCCCAACAAAGACUUCCCGAUUUAACCAACGUCACUUCAAUGGACCACGAGCAAUAUAUCAAUUUAUACCAAUCUAUUAGUAUGGAUGUCUCACAUCAUCAUGCUAAGAUCUUACGUCUAUUAUCCAUUACUGAAGGUCUUCAAGGCCUUAUUGUCUGUUCUGGAUUAGAAACUGCAUGUUCCACUGCACUUGACGUAUUAUUAAAAUUGCAAGAAGACGUUGAUUCCAGAUUAACUCGGUUGACCGCGUUUAGAGAGAACUGGUUGACGUACGACCACCUUAUAGACAGAAUCGAAGGAUGGAUGAAAACGGCUAACAGAGAAUUAGAACAUAUAACACCAGAAAAUAUUACUACCACCGGCAAUCUGCGUCGAUUCUGGGAAUUGAAAGCGCAACACGAAGUUCACAACAACUUAAAGAACGAAUCAGGUGUACAAUUUGAAAAAGCCUUAGAAAUCCUUCCUAUAUCGGAUGAAAUGGUUCAAAGACAAUUUUUCUCUAAAAUCGAAGACAUGUGGCGUGAUCUAGCUGCAAGAAUAGACAACAUUCACGCUUCAGCUAUUCAAAAUAUUUCCGAUCGUGACGUCUCUUCUGGCGAGAAACUAAACAUCUUAGAAGAAGAACUUCGAGAACUUCGUGCUAUACUAGACAGCCUUAAAGGCGUAAUCAAGAGCGAAGAUGAGCUGAAUCUUUAUAUCGAAAGAUUGCAAGUUAUGACUAGCCGCAUUGAUAGAAUACAAAACGAGCUUGGUAGGCUGAGUUUGCUUCCUACAGCUGAAUCUGAACGUAUGGGGACCCUGUUGACACAAUCAGGCAUUUUAGAUGAUCAGAUCGCUGAGGAGCUUGAACGAAGUCUGUUGCUCAAAGAGAAAAUCGUACAAGUGCAAGCUGGUAUUGCAAAAUGUCAGAAGAGCCAACGUCGCGCUCGUCUUACUAUCGAAGAGUGUGAGGCUGCAGAGCGUCUUGGAAGUGACGUAGUGGAAAAAGCGUCCGAGUCCUGUGAGAAACUGUUAGAAGACCUGGCAGCGCAAUGGAGGGAUAUCCUAGCUUUGAGGCAAGCGUUGCAUACGCUACCAAUCAGCCUAAGGGUAUGUGUCUCACCAAUAGGCAUUGAGCGGGAUAUCACUGCUUUACAGGAGACUCACGCUGAUCUGGAAGCGGCGGCUAACGACCUUAGUGCCCGACUUCGCGCCAAAGUGCACUUAUGGAGGCGUUUUGAAAGACAACUGGAGUUGGUGCAAGGGGCAGUUAGGGAGGCUGACUACAUGGUCGAGCUACUGACUGUCCAGGGACAGGUCGACUACGACCGCCUGCUAAAAGCCACAGAGAAACUGGAGACGCUGAGUGAAUCGCUCACCCGCCGUAGCGGUGAGCUAGUCGGGGAGUUGAAAGAUGCUGCAGCUCCACUGGAAGCGUCAACCGAGCCAAGCGUAGCCGCGCAGUUAAGAAGAGAACUGGACGACGCUGCUGCAGCCUACGAACACACUUGCAAUAAUUUAACACAACUGUGUGAGAAAUACCACAAAGCCGUAGACCUAUGGAAACGUUAUCGAGACGCUGCCGCUGCGGUGCGCGCCUUUGCGGAGUUCCAAGAAGGACGCCUGCACCUUUUACGGCCCGACGAUGCCCUGUCCACUUCAAAGGCAUGUCUAGAACAAGAACCGCGGGUCGCCGAGCUCCGGUCCCUAGCAGCUAGAGUGGCAGCCGAAACAGGCUCCAGGGCCUUACAAGCCGACGCUGAUGCGCUGGCUAGGAGGCUGCAACUCGUGUCAGGUGCGGUGCAAGCCCUGGCUGACUUGGGAGAAGCCCGACAGGUGGCAAGAGCUAAGGCACAAAACACAAAGGGGAAGCUUUAUGAUAUGAGACAGGAUCUGGCACCACUGUCUGAAGAUGGCGAAAUUGUGGAAGACAAACUGAUAGCCCUUCGCGAUAACCUUAUAGCACUUGGUAAGAGCGAAGCCGAUAUAGCCCCGGCAAAGGCGGAACUACCUGACAUUGACAGAGACGUCUCUGAUGAACACUCCAUCGUACGAAUCUUAGAAUUAUGGCAGGCCAUGUUCAGAGAUACCUUCCUGCAUUAUCAUAGAUUAUCUACAGCUCUAGUCAGGUCGGGAGAUGCAGCCACCGCCUUGAGAUUAUGGCACGAAUAUCUUAUAGACUUGCAGUCAUUCCUAUCAGGUUCUGUCCCGGAGGAUUAUGAGAACUUGGCGGAACAUCGUCGCUUAUGCCGGGUGCAUAGAAAUCUUUUAACAUCACAAAGAUCUAUAUUAAUAAAUGAAAACAAGGAACCAAAGAACAAGGAUUUAGCCGACAAAUUCGAUACUCUUACCAACCUGCAUAAUGAAACUUUAGCUCGAAUAGUUGAACGACACGACGAAGUUUGCAACCGCAUAGUUGCUUGGGAUGAUUACAGAGAAAUCUACACAGAACUAUUACGAUGGCUCAAGGAAAUGGAAAGGGAGAAAGAAAAACUUCAACUACGAUAUGUCCACAUAAAAAGAAUAAAUAAAGUACUGGCUAAGAUACAGAAUCUCUCAGACAAAGUACCAGAAGGCAGGAAACAAUCUGAUAAGCUCCUAGAAAAUCUCAAAAAGGUUCUAAACUUUACUGAAGAAGCGUAUGGUACAUCGGUUAGGAUAGAAUAUGCUGGCAUUGUAAAGCGAGUUGACAACUUACAAGCUAGUCUUGACACAUGGCGUGACUUUUUAACUCGAAUUCUUGGACUUGUUGGCGAAUAUGAUACUUUAACCACAGACCUUACCAAACUUUAUAACAAAACACAAGAGGAAGUGUUGUCAUACUCUGAAGCUAAUUCUUUAUCUAGACCACAGCUCCGAAAGACAAUUGAAAAAUACACAACUUUAAGAACACAAAUAGAUAAAACUGAGACACAAAUCGAAGCUCUCAGCGUCAUCCAAGAGCAACUGAAGGAAUGUCUUAGUCCUCAAGACAUAAGAAUAGUGAACCAAAAAGUUUGGCAACUGCGUCAACAACGUGCCGAUCUGGAACACCAACUUUCCAUCAUUAUACACCGAUUGCAGGAGCGGUUAGAGAUUUAUAGCAUAUUCGAAUCACGGUUAACACGAUUUUCAGAAUGGAUGACAACACUAGAGUCACGUCUUGAAACAUCUAGUCAAAGCAGUGAAAUGAGCGCACUCGAUCCACAAGAUCUUAUCCGAAGAAUAAACUCUGACGUUCAAGCCGAAACAGUCAUGAAAGAGCGUGAGUUCGAAUGGCUCAUGGAAACAGGCACGGCUCUCAUUGAACUCUCUAAAAAGGAUGAAAAAUCGUACAGCAAAAAUACUGCCAAACAACUUAAGAAUAUUGAAGAGCGUUGGCUGAAACUACAGGAAACCGGACGAGCCAGAAUAGCUAAGAUCACCGAACUACUCGAAACUAUAACACAAUUAGAAGAAAGAUUAACAGAAAUCAGGCUAAAAUUACACACAAUUGAAUCUAGAUUAACUACUACGGUUGUGAUUGAAUAUUUGACGACAAAAGCUGUCGACGAGAAAUUCCAAGAGCGCGAUGAAAUACACAAGAACAUUGAAAACGAGAGUGGAGAAAUUGGCGAAACUUUAAAUCUUUGCGAGCUCGUGUUCAAUGAUCCUGAUGUUCUGAAGGGUAACUUCGAUUUACGGAAUUUACGCACUGGUGUCGAUAUCAUAGAAAAGAAAUGGAAGAACAUCUGUGACAUGUCGGAACAAAGAAAGAACGCUCUGAAAGAAAUUCGCAAGUCGGCCGAACUGACGAACUCAUUACUGCCCAAAGUUGAGAAAAAACUGGACUCCAUUGAAAAACGAGUCGAGAAGAUCGAGACUCGAAAGCAGCGCGGUGAAGCGGACGACGAGGGCGUUUCGAAAGCUGUUAUUAAAGAUUUGGAAGCUUUAGAAAACGACAUCAAAAAACUAGAGGAUGCUUAUAGUCGUGUAGUCUCUUCUCGGGGCACUGAACUUCGUGGCGAAGGAGCAGAUCUGGUGGCGAGGUUGAGAGCAGCUAUUCGGCGGUGGCAACAGCUGCGCGGUCGCAUGGACACAGCAGGAGCCGACGCGCACAGGCAAUUUGUGGCCGCCCACGGAAAGGCCGUUAUUGCUUUGGCCGAAGCUGACGUUCGAUUGACCAGAACGCUGCAUCUCGCUCCCACCCCGCUGGACAAGGCUGCUACGUUGAAAGAACUAAACGGUGUGGAACAAGAUCUACUUGAAUGUCAAGCCUUGGUGGAAGAGGCAGACCGGCUGGCAGCAUGUGUGUCCUCGUUGCCCGGAGUAUCGGACAUGGUAUCGGAGUACCGCGCACUAUACAACGACGUGCGCACGCGACUCGAUGUCGCUAAAAGUGAGGUGGUCGGCGAUGUUGAUACUGCUGUUCAGGUGGACACUCUCAAAUGGGAAACCGACGCAGCGCUCCAAGUAGACACCCUGACUUCUAAAGAAACCUACAAAGUCGAACUAACAUCAGCCGUUAAAGAAGCAUCAGAAUCUCUUGAAGCUCUCCGUAAUGCUCUUAUUCAACAACCGAAAGAGAAUGCUAGUGCUGACGAACUUGCGACAGCGGCCAAAGAGAUUGCCAAAGCUGGUGCCAAACCUGGCCAAACAUUGGAACUGGCAAAACAUCUGUCAGAAUUACUCCUCACGGAGUGUGAUGCAUCGGAAGACGAAGCUAUGUUAAAGGAAGUCGAGUCACUAUCAUUGCGAUAUGAAGAUCUUCUCGCUCAAGCGAAGAAGAGGGAAUUGCAGAUCAACAAUUUACGGUUGCCGCACUCGGCCUCAUACGCGCUCACAUGCGAACAUGAGUCCGGUCGGAUUACUUGUCCACUAUGCUCUGAACGCAACUGGAAGCAACUGGAUAACGACUUGUGGCGGCUUGAGCAAUGGCUGCAGUUCGCUGAGGCCACAGAAGCUGCUAGGUCCGACCCUCCUGAACAGUACGAUGCUCUCGAAGAUGCUAUACAAGACCACCGCGAGUUCCUGCUGGACCUGGACUCGCACAAGUCCAUCGUGGUGUCGCUGAACGUGGUGGGCGGGCACGUGGCGCAGCACGCGGCGGCGGCGCAGGACGCGCAGCGCGUGCGCCUGCGCCUGGCCGACGCCAACGCGCGCUGGGACCGCGCCUGCGCCGCGGCGGGCGCGUGGCAGCGCCGCCUGCAGCGCGCGCUCGUGCACAACCAGCAGUUCCACGACAUCGUGGUCGAGCUGGUGGCGCGCCUGGCCCGCGCCGAGCGCGGCGUGCGCGCGCGCGAGCCGCUGCGCCUGGCGCGGCCCGCCGACGAGCUGCAGCGCGACUUCCGCCGCUUCAGCGAGCUGCGCGACGAGCUGUCCGCCGCCGAGCCGCGCGUGCACGCGCUGCACGACGCCGCGCAGCUGCUGCGCAGUGGGGACGCGCCGGCGCACGCCGACGACAUCUGCCGCAGGCUAGGCGAACUCCGACUGCGCCUCCAGUCGCUACGUAAGCUGUCCGCCGUAUACGCACUCAAAUUGGGCGCGGCGUUAGCGCGCCAACCAACGCGCGCGCAGUCUGCACUGGCCGCUGUCGCUGCAGCAGCCGCACCACAGCUUUUGGAGGAAGAGGAGGAACAAAUAUCGACCAUGAACCUGCCACCUCUCGACGAGAAUGACGUGGUCGUAAGUGAUGAGGACCAAGACCAAGAAAUGACCAGACUGCAGCGAGGCCUGCGGUUCGUGUGCAGGGUGGCCCGCGCGUCACUGCCGUUCCAGGCUCUGCUGCUGAUUUUGUUGGGGGCCGCAGCGCUGGCCCCCCACGCGCAUUCCGAUUGCCGAUCCCCCGGACUGGCCCUGGAGCCAGUCCUGCGCUACCCGGAGGGCCCUCCCCCGCUCUGAUUACGAAAGCGAAAAUAAAAUGUCAAGAGCGAUCUGUCCGCGAAAUGUCGGUCUACCCUCUGGACUUGACUACGUAAAACUACCCUCAUUUGUAAAAUCAUCACUUUAUAUCAAUUCAAUGCCAGGCUUUGGAACAAAAAGGACAUUACACAUAUUUCACUUACUUAUGAUGGUUAUACACUUAAGGGUAAUUAUUAUAGAGACACGCUUUUGACAUAAGCAAGCGCUCUCGCCACUGCUUUUGGUCAAAACGCGGUGUCCGAGCGCGCAUUUGACAUUCCAUAGGUGCUAGGGCACCCAUUGCCUGUAUAUAUCCCGAAUUUUGUAUAUUUGUUACGGUUAUUUAAAAAAGAAAGACAAAACGCAAUGGAUGCUCAACGAUAUGCGCCGAACGAUGCAAAUAAACCUAUAUAUAUUUAUAUUUAUGAAUAUCUAUGACUGUGGUAUAUAAGGCGCCGCACAAACUGAACGACGGCUUUCGAAAUCACGCAUUGUUACUUAACUCUUAGUUACUAAGGACUGUUUAUAAGAGUCAAAUAAAGCCUUCGCAUUGAUUA